UUUUCAAUCACAAGGAUAAGACCUAAUAUCAAAAAAAGGAAGAUAAAAUAUUAAGUUGAUUAUAAAGAAUUAAAUUUUAAUCAGUAAAAAUAAUUUUUUAAUAAAAUCAAGAUAAUAAACAUUUAAUCCAACGUUGGAUCACAUUUAAUUUAAAAAAAAAAAAAAAAUUAAAUUUAAUAAAAUUUUUUAAAAACAUGGCAAAAAUGAUUAUUGUACCAUUGUUAUUACUUAGUAUAGCAAUAACAUGUAUGGGUCAAACAUUUCAAUAUUCUCGCGGUUGGACUAAUGGUAAACGUAGCAAUACACAUGAUGGCACUUUCCAGGAUCUAAUUGAAAUAGAAACUGAAAAAAAAUUAGAAAAAUGCUUAUAUAGUUUACAAAGAUUUAUAAGGAAUUCAUAUUUAAAACCAUCACAAUUGAUUAUGAAUAAUAAUAAAUUUCAAAAUGGACAUCAUCAAUCUGGUGAAAUCAUAGAUGAUUUAAUUGUACCAGAUAAUGUAGAUUUUAAUAAACAUUAAAUAAAAAAAAAAAAAUAAUUUUUAUUAAUUAAUUUUUUUAAUAAUUUUUGUUUAUAUAUUUGCUUUUUAUAUAACAUAAAAAUAUGAAAGAAUUAAAUUGAAAAUGGGCUAAUUUCUUGC